AAAGUCUAUCACGUGAUUCCAAAAGUCUUUAAGUUGAAUGACUAAGCAACGAACAAAUUCAUUCUGCUCAACUUAGAUAUUUGAACAAAAUUUCCAAUCAUAAAAACAGAUACACGUCGAAAUCGCCACCCGCACCAUGGUAUUGGAAAAACCUAUUCAUACAAUUGUCCUCGAUGCCGGGCCUAUCAUCAAAGGCGAUCCUAGUGUCUCAUCACUGCUCGCUCAAUCAGAGCAAAUUGUGACAUUACCGUCUGUAAUCCAAGAAAUUAAGGAUGAAGCGACUAGAACACGACUGCAAACUGCUCUCUUACCGUUCUUGGUGCUGCGAAGUCCAAAAGAGAGCAGCGUUAAAAUAAUUUCAGACUUCGCUAGAAGGACUGGUGAUCUUUCUGUUCUCAGCCGAGUUGACAUACACCUUCUUGCCUUAGCUUACGAUCUUGAAUGUGAAAGGAACGGCGGAGAUUGGAGACUACGAAAAUCGCCUGGCGCGAAAAGAAUUAGCGGGCCUAAGCCGACUACAAGUGUAUCGACGAGCUUGAUUGAGGAAACAAAUAAUGAGUCGAUUCAGCCGGAUUCAUCCACGCAGGAUACUGAGCCUCCGUUCACACAAGAUGAAACUCAAAAAGCUGAGUCAGUAUCGAUCUCCUCUCAACCAACUUCUGGACGUGGUGGCGAGGGAGUAGCAUCCAAUCUUCAAGAACAAUUGGAAAACCACGGGGAGACACAAGCUACACCAGGGUGCACAGUUGUUUCGGAUUCGCAGACAGUAGAACUUUCAACCUUAGUAGCAGAUAUUCAAUUAUCCGAGGCAUCACAAGAAGACUCAAGUGAUUCUGAUUCCGAAGGCUGGAUUACGCCUUCAAAUCUGAAAAAGAAGCAAGAAGAGGACACCAGCGGAAAUACGAGUGCAGCACCCGAACCUAAAGUGCUUCAAGUUGCGUUGCUAACAUCCGAUUUCGCGAUGCAAAAUGUCGCGCUUCAGAUGAACUUGAAUCUCAUUUCACAUUCAUUGAGUCGUGUGAAAUACGUCAAGACGUUUGUUCUACGCUGCCAUGCUUGUUUCAACGUUGUAAAGGACAUGUCCAAACAAUUUUGUCCCCGUUGCGGAAAACCUACCCUGACACGAGUUUCGUGCAGUAUUGAUCAAAAUGGCCAAUUCAAACUGCACUUGAAGAAAAAUAUGCAGUGGAACAAGCGCGGUGACCGUUACAGUGUUCCAAAGCCAGUGGCGGGAGCUGCUAAUGGUCGAGUGAAGGGGGGCGGGAAAGGCGGCUGGGGCAACGACUUGAUUCUAGCUGAGGACCAGAAGGAAUACGUCCGUGCUAUUGCAGAGCAAAAGAGGCAGAAGCAGCAGAAUUUCAUGGAUGAGGACUAUCUUCCUGGGAUAUUGACAGGAGAUCGGUCAGGUGGAAACAGAAAGAUCAAGGUUGGAGCAGGAAGAAAUGUGAAUUCCAAGAAACGGAGGUGAGCAUUUCUAACUCUUCAAUGUUGUAUAUCAUAUGACGCUGCUGUCAAACAUAGGCUUGAAUUGAAAUGAAGUAUGAAAGUGGCGCAUUUCAUUUCUCUCCAUUUUCUUACCUUUUCGACGGGUCUAUAGUCCGAUUUUCUUUGCAAUUAUAGAUAUGUGUUUACUCUUCGCGUUCUUCCACUCUACCACAGACCAUAUAAUGGCUCAUCCUGCUGGUCUACGGUAUCCGGACGCCUUUUAUAAG